GUGUGUUCAAUCCUUGGAGUUGUUCCUCAGUAAGGAAAGGACAUGGACUGACGUUUGACAGGACUGCACUACACCUGAGCAACCGGGCUGCUCUUCUAUACCUCAGGGAACUAAGGCGGCGAUGGAGGACUUCUGGGCCGGGGCCCUUUGGGCGCUGAAGGUUUGGCUGUACCUCAUAAUCGGCCUCAUCAUGGUGCCAGCCAUGUUUGGAUUCUCACUGGGCAUCUCGGAGACCUACAUGAACAUCCUGGUCAAAACCUUAGAGUGGGCCACGCUGAAGAUACAGAGGGCACAUGCAGAUGAACAAACACUCAAAGCCUCUUCAUCUAAUGGUCUCAUCCAGAGAGAAGGUGGCUCUAUGGAGAAAGAAUUAGAGGAACUUAGACGCAGUCGCCCCAAACCGCCGGUCGGUGGCGAUUUCACAUUCAGCGACUGUUUCUAUUUCACCCGGCGUGGAAUUGAGAGCAUCGUAGAGGACGAGGUGACCCAGCGGUUCUCCUCUGAGGAGCUGGUGUCCUGGAACUUACUGACUCGCACCAACAACCACUUCCGGUACAUAAGUCUGAAGCUGACGCUGGUCUACGGCCUCGGCAUCAUCGUGAGAUACUGCAUCCUCGCGCCGCUCAGGAUAACUCUGGCCUGCAUUGGUCUGACCUGGUUGGUGAUAGGAACAUCUGCAGUCGGAUUACUUCCAAAUGGGAGGAUAAAGUCCUGGCUCAGCGAAUGGGUCCAUGUCAUGUGCUACAGAAUCUGUGCUCGAGGUCUCUCUGCUACUAUUCGCUAUCACAACAGGGAAAACAAACCCCAGAAAGGAGGGAUCUGUGUCGCCAAUCACACCAGUCCCAUCGACAUUGUGAUUCUCUGCAACGAUGGCGGCUAUGCCAUGGUGGGUCAGGUCCAUGGAGGUCUGAUGGGAGUUCUCCAGAGAGCCAUGGUGAGGUCUUGUCCUCACAUCUGGUUUGAGAGAGCAGAGAUGAAAGAUCGCCAUCUAGUGACCAAAAGGUUGAGGGAUCAUGUGAAUGACAAGACAAAGCUUCCCAUAUUGAUAUUUCCAGAGGGAACCUGCGUCAACAACACAUCUGUCAUGAUGUUCAAAAAGGGAAGUUUCGAAAUUGGAGGAACAAUAUAUCCAGUAGCCAUUAAGUAUGACCCGAAGUUUGGAGAUGCUUUCUGGAACAGCUCCAAGUACAGCAUGGUCAGCUAUUUGCUGAGGAUGAUGACGAGCUGGGCCCUCGUCUGCAACGUCUGGUACCUGCCGGCCAUGCACCAGAAGGAAGGGGAAGACGCUGUCCAGUUUGCCAACAGAGUGAAGUCGGCCAUCGCUCACCAGGGAGGGCUGUUAGAUCUACAAUGGUAA